UUCGUCCCAUCCGUCGUGAAUAUGUGUAAAAAUUACAAGAAUGUAAUUAAAAUACAUUUAUAUACGAUUAACUUAUCUCUUUCUAUAGUGCGUAGAAUCUAACAUAGAAUUCUGAGUGAACUUUUGAAUUUGCAUUCAUGUGUAGUGUAUAAAAACUGUAUUUAAAUGAUAUUUGGAAAAUGUUUUUGUGUGUUAAGUUUCAUAAUGGCGGCUCGUCGCGUCCCCCGCGCCUCCAUUUCAGUGACAGACAAAUUAUGUCAAUGCUGAUACAUAAAAAUCACAAACUGUAUGAAAACUUGUAAACAUUAAGUGAAAUACAAUUUAUCAAAGAUGAAUCCGGAUCAUCAUAGUAUUAAUACUGGAGGUGGCCAGCCGCCUGGAAAUUCCGAGAAUCAAAGAGUACAAUCAGCUCAACAGCAGAGUAUUACUCCUACGACUUCUGCAACAGACCUAAGGGUGAACUCCGCAGCUGUAAAUGUUGCUUUGUCUAGCGUCGCGAAAUAUUGGGUGUUUACUAAUUUGUUUCCCGGUCCAAUACCUCAAGUUUCCGUAUACGGAUUGCCAACAAGUACUAGAAUUGAAAAUGGAAAACCUGUACAGGAUCUUGGACAAACUCACACAAGUAUUCUUAAUGGAGACCCCAAUAUUAUAUUGGGUCACCAUAGUGGACAACCACAGGUUACUGUCUCUGCUGGAGGACAACAAAUACCAAUUUCUCAAAUCAUCACAACCCAAUCAGGACAAGGACAUGAAACCCUAGUGGCUCACACACAGCAACAAGAGAUGUCAAACCAGCAGUCUUCCAGUGGAACUUCACAGGUACCCAAUAAUCGGGUCGAGUUUGUUCAACACCAUAACAUUGAUAUGGGCCAUCAUUCACAACAUAUUUUGCAACAGCAGUUAAUGGCGGCCAGACCAGAUCAUUCCAACCAACAGAUACAACUGACAGUAAGUGAAGAUGGUAUAGUAACUGUUGUAGAACCAGGAGGUGGGAAGAUGGUUGACAAAGAUGAACUCCAUGAAACCAUCAAAAUGCCUACAGAUCACACUCAUCUAACUGUGCAUCAGUUGCAACAAAUUGUUGGACAUCAUCAGGUCAUAGACAGUGUUGUCCGCAUAGAACAAGCAACGGGUGAACCAGCAAAUAUUCUUGUGACACAAAACCCUGAUGGUACUACUUCUAUAGAAACAAGUGCAGUAGAUCCCCUUCUGAUAAAAGAUGAGAAGAAUGUUACCAAGAUUGAAUCAGCACAAUUUGCAACACCGGGUGACAUUAAAGAUAUUAAGGGGAUUGAUUUAAAGAGUGUAAGCAGUAUGGGAGUGGAAGGUGCAGUAGUAAAGAUCUCGGCUGGUGCUGCUGACCAUGACCUGCAUGCCAUGUACAAAGUGAAUGUGGAGGAUCUUUCUCAACUACUCGCCUAUCACGAGGUCUUCGGGAAACUUAGUAAUGAACAGCAAACGCCUCAACAGCAGCAACAACAACAACAGACGCAACCCAAGCAGCCAGUUCUGUAUGAAGUUGAACUAGAGGCGAGUACAAGUGCAUCCAUGUCUGAAGCCGAGGCAUCACCUGGUCAUCAUGCUUGUGAUAUCUGUGGAAAAAUAUUUCAAUUUCGAUAUCAACUUAUUGUUCACAGACGGUAUCAUGGUGAAGGCAAACAAUAUCCAUGUCAAGUGUGUGGCAACGCUUUUUCAAAUCCAACGGAAUUGUCUAAACAUGGGAAAUGUCAUUUAGCUGGUGACCCAGCAGACAAACUGAAGCGUCUAUCUCAAGACAAGCCUUACGCAUGCACAACUUGCCAAAAGACCUUCUGGCGGAAGGAACAUCUUGACAACCAUGUCAGAACACAUACAGGGGAAACUCCAUACAGAUGCCAAUACUGCGCAAAGACAUUCACCCGCAAGGAGCACAUGGUGAACCAUGUUCGUAAACACACGGGCGAGACUCCACACCGCUGCGAGAUCUGCAAGAAGAGCUUCACGCGCAAGGAACAUUUUAUGAACCACGUUAUGUGGCAUACUGGUGAAACGCCGCACCAUUGCCAAAUUUGCGGCAAGAAGUAUACUAGGAAGGAGCAUUUAAUGAACCAUAUGCGAUCGCAUGCGAACGACACGCCGUUCCGAUGCGAACAGUGCGGAAAGUCCUUCACCAGAAAGGAACACUUCACCAAUCACAUUCUGUGGCACUCUGGCGAGACACCGCAUCGGUGCGACUUUUGUUCUAAGACUUUCACUCGAAAAGAACAUUUGCUUAACCAUGUUCGACAACAUACGGGGGAAUCCCCGCAUCGGUGCAGUUUCUGUUCCAAAUCGUUUACGAGACGUGAACAUCUUGUAAAUCAUGUGCGGCAACACACCGGCGAAACACCUUUCCAAUGCGGCUACUGUCCUAAGGCGUUUACAAGGAAAGAUCAUUUAGUAAAUCAUGUCCGUCAACAUACCGGGGAAUCACCACACAAGUGCUCAUACUGCACCAAAUCCUUUACGCGCAAAGAGCACUUGACAAACCAUGUGCGGCAACAUACCGGCGAAUCUCCUCAUCGCUGUACGUUUUGCUCCAAGUCAUUCACACGGAAGGAACAUCUCACCAACCAUAUAAGACAACACACAGGGGAGACUCCAUUCAAAUGUACAUACUGCAAUAAAGCGUUCUCGCGUAAGGAACACCUCACGAAUCACAUGCACAUACACACUGGGGAGACGCCGCACAAGUGUCCUUUUUGCACCAAGACAUUUUCGAGGAAAGAACACCUCACUAACCAUGUGCGGAUACACACGGGCGACUCGCCGCACCGUUGCGAAUGUUGCGGCAAAACGUUUACCCGAAAGGAACAUCUCAACAACCACAUGCGACAGCACACUGGAGAUAGCCCUUUCACAUGUAAAGCGUGCUCUAAAACAUUCACCCAAAAGGAGCACCUAGUCUCACAUAUGAAGUCACACGCCUGUAGCGACAAGCCGUUCGUUUGCGGCGAAUGUGGAAAAGCAUUCCCGCUCAUAGGCAAUCUCCUUUUCCACGAGAGGUCCCACUCAAAAUCCGCCACGUCAAAAGUAUUCAAGUGUACCAUAUGUUCUAAAGAAUUUAUGUGCAAAGGUCAUUUGACAACGCAUCGUCGCACGCAUACUGAGAACACGAAUCAGGAAAAUGCUGAAGAAAACGAUGUCUGUAUGGAGGAAUGUGUCAAACCCUUUGAGGCAGAUCCCAUGGAGGUGGAUAGAAAACCAGAUAUUAGGCCUCCAUCAGAAAUGCAAGUGACCGAAAAUUCAGUUCCUCAAAGUCAAGCUAACACUGUGAUGCAAGUGACUACUCAGCAAGUGCGUGCAACAGUCCCAUCCAGCGCCACCAACGUCCCUACUGGCACGUUUGCUCAGGCGCAGCAACACACCGCCGUAGCGCAUCACACCGUCACCGUUAACUACUAGCACAGCUGAGAGGACCUGACGCUCGAGUUUACAACUUGCCCUUGACAAUUUAUUAAUUAAACCUUGCUAUAGUCUGUGCGAAAAAAGAAUGGUCAUUAUUGUUCGACAAUAAUCAUCUAAAUAUAUAAUCAAAACUGAAACAAAUCAGACAUUUAAUACUUUAUUAGUUCUCUUUCCGCACACUAUAUGUAUUUUAGCAUUAUAUUGCAUUGACGGUAGUGAAACAUUUCAUCAAGAACGAAAAUAAGUUUACAUUAUUGACUUUUUUGUUUGUUUAUUGUUGGCAAUCCUCGGCGAACGCUACUAGCCACUUCUUGCUGGAGAAUGCGUCGCCCCAAUAGUGUUAAAGACUUGUCAAAAAAUACAUAGUCUUUUUAAUGAAUAAUAGAUGACAUUAUCUAUGGCUAUUAUGAUAUAGAUGUGUCACAGACUACUUAGUGCCAUUAAAUUUUAAGAUUAAUUGGGUUUAAAAAAAUGGUUUAUUUCAUUGGUGUCAUAGGUUUUUAAGUAGCUGUUGUAUAUAAACAUGUAAAGCUGAAAAAGCUUAACAAUUUUAAGAGUCAAUAUAGAUUGUUGAUCGCUGUAACUAUCUUGUGAUAUGUGAUUAAAAUAUAUACAAAGCCGUUUUAAACAAGAUAUUAAAUUUAAGUAGUAUCAUCUAAUACAUAGGUAAAUACAAAAACAAUUACCAGGUUUUUACCAUUGCCUGUUGCAGUAUUAACUAUGCUUAAGUCAGUUUUCUUUUUCAUGACUUGACUUCAAUAUACAUUCCUUUCGACCAAAUCAUCAAAAAAUCUCCUUGAAAAUUAAAAUGCAAUCAUUUUUACAACAUCUUGUUAAGUUUCUUGACUACUUUGCUAUAAUCUUGUCGUAUUUGCCAUUUUAUGUACAGUGUGUGAUAUUUUAUAGUGAUUAAAAAUUCUAUGGAAACUAUUUCUACAUGGCAAACUAAGAAGUGGUGUUGUAAUCACUUCACCAUUUGUAGCAUGUAGGCAAUUUGUAUGUAUAUGUAAAUAUAAAUAAAUUAUGAUAUUGUUAGCGUAGUUUAACGCAUGUUAUUUGGCUAAGUAACACCUUUUAAAUAUUAUGUAAAAUAAUAGGAAUAGCGAUUAAGAAUCGUAUUGUAAUCCUAGGGUUUUAUCAUAAGGUGCGAGAUCCAUUGAAAUAGAUGCUAUCGGGGAAAUAAGUAUGAUAAUUUAUCUUCAAUGGUACCACGCUAUUUAUAUUUUGCUUAAGAUUUUUAAACUGUAGUGUGUAUCUACUAAAUUUUAAAUUAUAUUCAGUAAUUUGAUAUGAACGAGAUUAAAAAUAUGAAACUAAAA